AUGACCUCUCCCCUCCGCCCAGCUCUGCGGCACAGGUCCCCAUCCCACAUCUCCUUCCUCCCAGACGACCCCGCGUUUCCUUCGCACUCGCACUCGCAAAGCGACACCUUGUCGCCAUUGAAAGGGCCGUCGGGAUGGAGAAACACCUCGCCUCAGAAGAAAUGGCAUGUAGUCAUCGAAUUUGGCGGAGAAUUCGUGGUCCGCGAGCAGAUGCGGAAAGAGUUUGACGACGACGGCGGUAGUGUGUUGGCGGUGCUGCAGGCCACUCCGCAUCAGCAACUUGUCCAUCUCCUCCCCCAGCUUCAUCUGCCCUCUCCCCUCGGGCUCUUCUUCACUCUGGUCAUUCCCUAUCCGAGCGCACGCAAAGCUCCCAAAGUUACCGAUAGCCUUUGGCCCACCCUCUUCUCCUCCCAUCUCAUCCCCGACCCCUCACCCCCUUUGGCCCACUCCAAUCCAUCUUAUGGCUGUUUGCCAAUAGCAGCAACACUCGAACUGAAAGUGGACAAAGACCUAGCGAGGUGGUGGAAUGGAUGGUUGAGGGAGGGCGAAGGUGGUUUUGGGGUGGGGAUGAACCUGGGUAUAAGCUCGAGGAUGGCAGAUGCGGAGAGAAAGAGGGUGGACAGUAUACGCAGUGUGAAGAGUAUGGAACCGGUCAUCGACAGUGAGGCCACCAAAAACGACCGGCAAGAAGACGCUUCUGUCUCUAUCGAGGUCGUCUCCCUACCUGCUACGCUUGCCCCCUGGCCAGCCAGCUUGUCUCAACAGCCACUCAAAGUGCAAAUAUGUGGCUUUGCACCCAGCCUCCGGCCUUCCCCUUCCCGGGAGAUUUCUGAGCCUGACCUUGCCCCUCUGGAGCCAUCGAAUCCUCCGCCUGCUGCUCGAGAAAUCCCAGUCCCUCUGGAGACCUUUGACCUUCCCACAUCUCCCAAAGAUAUUCCGGAGAGUCCGUACGACAAUGGAUACACCUCCUCUGUCCCCUACUCUCCCACGCUUUCCCCUCCUGCCCCCGAGGCGCUCGCUUCUCAGCGUUUUCUCCAAGACCUUCAAGGUAUGCUCGAAGGUGUUCAGAAGGAAAAGAAGAACCUCGAGGUCAAGGUUACCAGCGAUGUGCCGUGGGCAGACCUGGCCAGUGCGGCGUGGUCGGAAGCGACGAGCUGGGGUCCUCCAGACACUCCUUCCCCUGUUAUCUCUCCCCGUCCGCUCACUCCUCCCAUUGCGGCUUCUGCCGAACCCAUCAUCACUCGCGAGACUGAGAUUCACCCUCACGCCCCUCACCCCGAGGUCAUUGAAAUGGAGCGUGACAUCCAAGUUCAGCGACAUCUACCCAGCUCCAACGUGGCUCAUCAUGAGCCUAACUCGGAAGACUCCAAGGGAUACGGGCAUCAUCCAUCUUGGACGUUCCUCCCUCGUGGUCCGGUAGAAGCCAAGCCGUGGGAGCACAACUGGCCUUACUAUAGAAGCCAAGACGUCCCAGAGCCGGAGGGGUUGAAACAGUUUCCGCGAGAAGAGCACGCGCAUGUUCAAGAAGAAAUUAAAGUCGUCGUGACCCACGAGAAGGAGCAGGCUGUCGAAACCAGUCUUGCCGAUCUAGUCUCGCCCCAAGCGUCUGCUUUCGCCAAACAACAAGCUUUCGCAAGCCCCCAGGCGCCUCUUUCUCGCGACAUCGUAGCUGAAGGGCUGGACACGGCGAGCGAAUUCGAGUUUGACGCAGGCUAUUUUCCAAGCCAUAGUGGGGCAAACGGGGAAGAAGAGAGCGAUGACCUCGAAGGAUUCGAUAUCAUUACCCCUUUCCAGGAGCCGUCAUCUGUACUCGGAAAGAAGCCUGAGGAUCUCAACUUUGACAUGCCCAGUCGGCAGUUUGUUCGAGAAGACUACAUCCCCGACACGCCUUCCUCCCCUUUCGACAGUGACAGCUCGCAAGAAGAAUUCGAAUCCACCGAUCCGGGGGGUGCAUUGAUGGAUAUGAUGGCUCCACUCUCUCGGGUGUCGGCGGCUGUUCAGCCUGUCAUGCACGCCAGAGCCCCGUUGUUAGGAACGGCCCUCGAUGUUAUUGAAGAAGCCGAGGACAGCUCUGUAGAGUCGCCUCUGGUCCCGAGAGGUUCGGCGCUGCCCGAGGUGCGAAUCAUCCAGACGACGGUGGAGCACGCGCCUUCACAAGAGGAAGAUACGGAGACAUUCGAAGGGACGGUCGUGAGUAGUCAGAUGGAGACGUGGGAGACGGGCCUGGUUGGUGAAGUGGAAGUGCAUACUCUGAGUGGGCAAGAGGUGCCUAGAAUAGUGGAGAAUCGCUCAACCGAGGUGGAGCAGCGAGACUCAGAAUCAAGGAGUACAACUCCGGAGGAGCAACCCCUUCCGCCACCACCAUACGAGCCCAUGUUCAACCCUCUCCCUCGGCAGGCCAUAAUGGGGCCAUUCCCACAGAUCGCUCCCCGCCCUCCAUCCCACUUGUUUUCUCCCAACCUCAUCAACCAGAUGUCGCCCCGUAUGGCUUCUCCUUACUCUAGAUCCGGUGUAGGUUCUUUACCAGACCCGCAUGUGAGGUUAGACCCUCAAAGGUCUGACGAAGGCCGGCCGAUGUCCAGGGGUAUGACCGGGUUGGAUCCCAGGCAGAAUAUGCGCCCGACGCCACCUUCGUUCCACGCAGACUCGUCCGACUCGGAAGAGGAAAGACGGGUAGAAGUGUGGGAGCAACACGAAACUCCACAGACGAGGAGGAGCAUCUUCCGGCCACGUUUCAGUCGCUCUCAAUCCCACUUUGACACAUCCACCUCUUCUACUCCUGUCCAUGCCCCUCGGUCGUCCUCCAUCUCCAACCUUUCCUCGGUCAACAUUUACCGCUCUUCUGCCGCCUACGAAGGCGCAAGGGACAGCACCUUCUCUCUCGCAUCCGUCACUUCUACAUCAUCAAAGGCGCCGGCAAGGCCGCUGAAGAGGUUGAGUAAGAGUGUGUCGGGUUUUUCAGGGGCCCAAAGCGUGGAAGCGGAUGGGGCCUUAAACGGUCUACGCCCGGCGAUGAUGAGUUUGAGGGAUUCGAGCAUGUACGUUGAAGGUAAGGGUUACCCGUACCUUGAGAUCUACCACCCGCCUAGAGCUCGACUCGUUUCUGCGACAGUCUACAGCUCCGUCUAUCCUCGUCUCGAAAUAUACGCCCCAGCCAAGUCUGCCAUCAUUCUGACAGAAAGACAAGUCAAGCUGGUGGACUACAGCUAUCCGGCUAUAGUGAUCUAUCCUGCAGUGGACAGAGCCAGGUCGGCUCCGAGGACCAUCUCAGUCAGGCUGGUAGACUACCAGUACCCAGCUAUCGCCCUUUACCCCGUCGUCGCCCGUCCGGUGUCCAGAAUGGUGUGGCAUCCUGCAACAGCAGUGCGGAGCAUAAAGGUGAUGCUGGUCGACUUUAGUUAUCCCAACAUCAUUCUUUACCCUGCGGCUUGCUCUGUGAAGAGAGUAAUCAAACGAGAGGUCGAGACGAGAAAGACGUCCGUCAAGCUGGUCGAAUAUGCCUACCCCGAUAUCGUGCUCUACCCCGCUGUCAUAAGAGCUGUCAAGCCCGUCCCCAGAGUCCUCAUUUCGGCGCCACCCACCCAAUGGACGCCAAUGUCGAAGAGUAUUCGAGUUGAUCUGGUACCUAUCACAUACCCUGAUCUCGUCAUCUACCCCGCCAUGGCCCCAGUCUAUCGAGAAAUGGAUAUGGCUCACCUGGGAGCCUCUGUCAAAGUCAAGCGGGCCGACUACACCUACCCGCAUAUCGUGCUCUAUCCAGCCGUGGCUGGUAAGCGAAAUGUCAAGGCCCCGGUGAGAUCGACUUGCCAAGUCAAGCUGGUCGAUUAUAACUACCCAAACAUCGUCCUGUAUCCCGCCGCCGCCACCAGGGUCCGCGUCAGGAGAGAAGUGAGGAUGUCCAGUGUUCAGGUUGAGCUGGUACCAUUCUCAUACCCCAAUCUGAUCAUCUACCCGGCCACAUCAGCUCGGCGAGAUGUUGGGAUAUUUGGCAGCAGAUCUGCUGUCAAGGUCGAAUUGGUCGAGUUCCUCUAUCCCGACAUUGUGCUCUACUCAAGCAUGUCUCAGCCUCGCGCAUCUUCUUCCCCUGUGGUGAUUGCCGAAGCAUCAUCGGGUACGGUUACUCCCUCUGAUAACGGCUACACUUCUUCAGUCCCCUACUCUCCCAAUACGUGUUUUGCCCAACCUUCAUAUGAAGCACUUUCCACCCAGCCAUUCUUGAUGGAACUGCACUCCCUUUUAGAAGACGUUGCUGAACGCAAGGCGAAGGAAUUGCUAGUCAAAAUCAGCAAUGAUGUACCGUGGAAGGAUUUGAGUAGUGCUCAAUGGUCCGAAGCGACGAGCUGGGGUCCACCCGAUACACCCUCGAAUUACGAGUACCCUGUUGCGACUGUUGCGCCGAGGAUCGACAACAUUGCAAAGUCGAUUGGUGCGCUUCGUAGCGUAGACGUGCUCUUGAGGCCAUUUACAUACCCCGAUUUGGUUAUCUAUCCCGCUGCUAUCCAAGUCAAGCUGGUCCAGUAUGUCUAUCCCGACAUUGUGCUCUAUCCCGUCAUGCCGAAUCGCGCAAGAAGCAACCGGAAGACGCACCAGCAGCUUGUGGCAGAGACCGUUCAUGAACACAAGGCGCCACCUGAUGACAAGUACUUGAGUGUAGCAGAUGGGCUUCUGGAAGCCGCUAGAAGGAGGUACGAAGCUGUCCGAUCAUCCCUCAGCAAGAUCGAUACCGAAAUGAUCCCCCCUCCAAACCACCACCGCUCCGGAUCAAGCGUGAGCUCCAUACAGUCGGCCUCCACCCAGGCAAUCAAUACACCCGCCUCUGCCCUUUCUCCUUCAUCCUCGACCCGCUCCCGCUCCCAGUCGUACCUUCAUUCCCGCUCUCCAUCAAACUCUUCUCUUCCUUCUGCGAAGCCUCCUCCCAAAGAUGCCCUCCCUGCUCUCCCUGCUCUUCCAGUGACCGGUACGCUCAAGGGCGACUUGCUGAAGUUUGGGCAUUCAAGGUCGAGCUCGAGUGUUAGAUCCACAGCUGCGUCGACGGCCGUAGAGGGCAAUUCUCCGGGUGUGUUGAGUCCACAAAGUACGGGAACGAGGACACCCACCAGAGCUAGAAGUAGCACCCUUGUUUCGGAGAGGAUGAAGGCAUUGAUGGAGCAGACGCAGAAGAGUCCACCUUUGCCGCCUUCUGCGGUCAAUGUCAGGGGUAUCCGAAGCAGUACUUACGGUACCAUGAGUCCGCCUCAUAUCAGCAGCACGGAAAGCACGCCGACGAAAGUCGAGGAGAAGCCAGGGCACCGCCCUGUUGGCAAGCUGUCAAAUACCAUGUUUCGCAAUUGGCAAUAG